AUGGGUGCGGCAUUAGCACACCACCAAGAACACCACGCUCCCGCUCAUUAUAAAUUUGAAUAUGGUGUCCAUGAUCCUCAUACCCACGACAUCAAGUCCCAACACGAGCACAGAGACGGUCACAACGUGAAGGGAGGCUACACCCUUAAGGAAGCCGAUGGUACCACUCGUAUUGUAGAAUACAUUGGAGAUCACCACAACGGUUUCCAAGCGGUUGUCAAGAGAAUCGGCCAUGCCCAGCACCCGGCUCAUUAUGGUCAUGGUCAUGGUCACGGUCAUCAUGGUCAUGGAGGAGUUGGCGGCACCAGCUGGGUCGGAGUCACUCAUUAUGGUUACCACUGA